GGUGCUUCGUGUACCCACGAAAGGGGGCGGGCGGUGGGGGCUGCUGGUGGUGGUGCUGUAUAGCUUCUCCCCCCUACCACCACCCCAUUUUUUGUGAGGAGGGGCAGCCUUUUGGGGGGGAGGGGGUAAAAUAGUCCAAUAUAGGGAAGGAGAUAAUUUGUGGGCGCCCCUUUUGGGUUGGGGUGCUGGUGAGGAGAAUAAAUAUUAGCUCCUUUGGGUGGCAUGGAAUGGAAAAGAAGCUAAACUGAGGGGGAUCUUCUGUAUCCUCCAUGCUGCUCAUUUCUAGUGAAGAUGAAGCGCUUGGUGUGGAAUACAGGUCCAUUCGGAUUACGGGGAAUACAGAGAUGGUCCUCGGGUUCUUCUGCCAGCCGCCUGGUUCAGGAGGAGAUGGCACAAGAUUCUGGUUCUGUCCCCAAACAACAACGCAUCAAUCCACUUGGCAUCCAGAUGCUUUCGAAGCAUCUUCAUGAGCAGAUUUUCCGGGGUGCCCAGAUUGAAUAUUCAGAGGAAGACAUCCAGAAGAGUGUGGCGCACUUGCAGAAGCAUGACUUGUGGGGCAAAGAGACAACUACUCUUCCUGAUGUGGAAUUGCAGCUGCCCCAGUUGUAUGGGGCCAACAUCGAUGAGCAUUUCCGUAUCUUAGCACAGAAGCAGAGCCUCCCAUAUCUGGAGGCUGCUAAGGAACUUCUCCAAUUUGGGAUCCCACCAGUGCCCCUGGAGUGGGCUUGGAAAUCUGGGUGGACACGAUAUGGACCCAGUGGGGAGAAGACAGCUGUUGAUUUCCCUGAUGAGCGGGCCUUGGUGUUUGAUGUGGAAGUGUGCAUGAAUGCAGGCCAAUGCCCUACGCUUGCAGUAGCCGUUUCCUCAAAUGCCUGGAAGGAUUUUUUCUUACGUACACCAUUGCUCUGCUGCCUUACUACCUUGCAGAUUGCAUCCUGGGACUGGGUGAACAUUAGUAGCAUCAACAAUCUAGUAGAUGUGCAUGCCUUAUAUGUUGGAGGCCAGCCACUGGAGAAAGAAGCCCGGGAGCUCUUUGUCAAAGGGAGCAUGAAUGACAUCAGGAAUAACUUCCAGGACCUGAUGAGAUACUGUGCCCUUGAUGUUCAGGCUACUUAUGAAGUAUUCCAGGAGCAGCUUCCUCUCUUCUUGGAAAGGUGUCCCCAUCCCGUCACGUUUGCAGGAAUGCUGGAAAUGGGAGUCUCCUACCUUCCUGUCAAUCAGAACUGGGAGAGGUACCUGGAUGAAGCUCAGGUCACUUAUGAGGAGCUGCAAAAGGAGAUGAAGAAAUCCUUGAUGAACCUAGCUGACAAUGCCUGCCAGCUGCUUCAUGAGGAAAGGUACAAAUGUGAUCCCUGGCUGUGGGAUCUAGAGUGGGAUCUCCAGGAAUUUAAGCAAAAGAAGAAGAAAAUUGGGAAGAAGAAGAAUGAAGAUGGUAAUGAUGAACUGCCCAGAGCCGUGGAAAAAGCCUCCAUGCUGGAGUGGCAGGAAGAUCCAGGACCCCCAACUGAAGAGGAAGAACAGCAGCUCCCUGAGAGCCGAUUGUGCUUGGACCGUCUGAAGGAGACUGUAGCUUUGCAGCCAAAGAGAAUUCAGCACCUGCCUGGCCAUCCAGGGUGGUAUCGUAAGCUGUGCCAGAGACUGGAUGAUCCCAGCUGGGUGCCUGGACCCAGCCUUAUCAGCCUUCAGAUGAGAGUGACCCCAAAGCUCAUGAGGCUCACCUGGGAUGGCUUUCCAUUGCACUACUCUGAGAAAUACGGCUGGGGUUACCUGGUGCCAGGGAGGAGUGACAACCUGCCAGAGGGGACUUCAGAUGCUGACUUGCCUACAUGCCCCUUCAGGGUUAUUGAGCAUCUGUACCGGGAACACUGCAAGGAGAAAGGCAAAGAGCAACCUAUCUCACUGGACACCACGUUGGAAGAAGAGCUCAUGUUAACAGAAAAUAGCACUUUCUGGCAUAAGGUUGAAGAGCUCAGCCGUGCGGAGAUGGAGAUGGAUUCAGAUCCUGUAACCAAGCAAUUUAGCGAGGAUGAGCUGGACCAUUCAAAGAGUGAUUAUCACCAUGGCAAUGGUCCUUACAAUGAGGUCAAUAUCCCUGGGUGCUGGUUUUUCAGGCUACCUCACAAGGAUGGGAAUGACAACAACGUUGGAAGCCCAUUUGCUAAGGAUUUCUUGCCCAAAAUGGAGGAUGGCACCCUGAAAGCUGGCAUAGGGGCCACAGAAGGGACACAAGCUCUUGAAAUCAACAAGAAGAUCUCCUUUUGGAGAAAUGCUCACAAAAGAAUCAGUUCCCAGAUGGUGGUGUGGUUGAAGAAAGGGGAGCUGCCUCGAUCUGUGACCAGGCACCCAGACUAUGACGAGGAGAAUAGCUAUGGAGCCAUCCUGCCACAGGUGGUAACUGCUGGGACAAUAACUCGUCGAGCUGUGGAGCCCACCUGGUUGACAGCCAGUAAUGCCAGAACUGACCGGGUGGGCAGUGAGUUGAAAGCUAUGGUCCAGGCCCCUUCUGGCUACCAUCUGGUUGGAGCUGAUGUGGAUUCCCAGGAACUUUGGAUAGCAGCUGUCUUGGGAGAAGCUCAUUUUGCUGGCAUGCAUGGCAGCACGGCUUUUGGCUGGAUGACCCUUCAGGGGAAGAAGAGCAAUGCCACAGACUUGCACAGCAAGACGGCCUCCACAGUGGGGAUCAGCCGAGAACAUGCCAAAGUGUUCAACUAUGGGCGCAUCUAUGGGGCAGGGCAGCCCUUUGCAGAGCGCCUCCUCAUGCAGUUCAACCAUCGCCUGACACAGCAACAGGCCAGUGAAAAGGCUCGCCAGUUGUAUGUUGCUACGAAAGGAAUUCGGCGCUGCUAUCUGUCCGAGGAAGGGGAAUGGCUGGUGAAGGAGCUUGGCAUCCCUGUAGAAAGGGAAGAGGAUGGUUCUGUGUCCCUGGAAGAUGUUCGGAAGAUAAAGAGAGAAGCAGGAAAAUGGUCUCGAAGGAAAAAGUGGGAUGUGGUGAACCGACGAGUGUGGGCUAGUGGGACAGAAUCUGAAAUGUUCAAUAAACUGGAAAGCAUUGCCAUGUCAGAAUCUCCUCGCACCCCUGUGCUGGGCUGCCACAUCAGCAGAGCAUUGGAGCCAGCUGCUGUCAAGGGCGAGUUUAUAACCAGCAGAAUAAACUGGGUGGUCCAGAGCUCGGCUGUAGAUUACCUGCACCUGAUGCUUGUGUCAAUGAGAUGGCUCCUUGAGGAGUUCAACAUUGAUGGGCGGUUCUGUAUCAGCAUCCAUGACGAAGUGCGAUACCUGGUGCAAAGUGAGGAUCGCUACCGGGCAGCUCUCGCCCUGCAGAUCACGAACCUCCUUACACGGUGCAUGUUUUCCUAUAAACUGGGUAUUCAAGAUCUGCCUCAGUCAGUGGCCUUCUUCAGUGCUGUGGACAUUGAUCGGUGCUUAAGGAAAGAGGUGACGAUGGAUUGUGUCACUCCAUCUAACCCAACAGGGAUGGAAAGAAGAUACAAUAUUCCCCAGGGUGAUGCUCUUGAUAUAUAUCAACUUCUCAAAAUAACCAAAGGGUCAUUGCAGAAACAAAAAUAGGGUGCAAGACUUCAACUGAUGGGAAACCUACCAGCUCAGUGAAUCCUCCCAGAAGCAGCUUAAGCAAGGAGACCUGCCCACUCCCUGUGAUUUGCGCUUUUUUUCACUGAGAAGAGGGAGAAGACUUCAGGGCUAUCAUUAAAACAGGCUACAGCUGCAAAGGUGAAUCACUGACAGAACAUCCAGAAGGACAGAUUGCACUUUAACUGGGCUGUGCCAGGAUGGUUAUUCAGUAGCCUGUUGUGGUACAAGCAUUCAGAGAAUUGCAUGUCAUUCGUAUGGCAAGCAGAAACCCAAUUAAAGCCCAUCUUAAAAAUGA